GUCAAGAAGAGGUAGAAGGAAAGGGUUUUGUUCAUUUGUGAAAACAAUAUUCUUUGGUCUAAGUAGUUGAAACAAAUUGUAUGUGCUGCAAGUGUUUCAAGACGACUUUUAGUCUAUUUCUAGUAAAUAUUUUAAACAUUGAAACAGAAAUAGUCUUUUGGGAUAACUGAGCCUCUUAAAGACAAUCUUACUGGAUCAUGGGAUGUUCUUUACAGGAUAUUGUUUCUUGGUAUCAAAAGAAGAUUGGCACUUAUGACAAACAACCUUGGGAGAAAACGGUAGAACAGCAUAUCUUGAGUGGGUUCACACCAAUACCCAAGAAAACUGCUAAGCUCAAAACUGAAUUGAUUGACAUUGAUUUAAUUAGAGGAUCCUCUUUUACCAAAGCCAAGCCAAAGCAUGGGCUGAUGACAGUUACGAGGCUGGCUGUGAUGCGGUUGGUGUUUCUACCCUUCCACUCGCAAUGGUGGGCGCAGCAGACGUCGUACUUUGUGUUCUCCGGGCUGUUGCUCCUCUACACUCUACAGAUCAUCAAUAUGGUUCUGUACUUCUACGUUUGUCCACCUCACUCGGAAAACGAUGAAAUUGAACGGGUGAACUUGAGCGAAGUGUUAGUGCCGCUCGCCAUGAUGUUUGGCUUGAGUAUCAUCCACUCGCAGAUAGUGUCGCCCCACUCCUGUGUUAGCCAGUGUACUACGGGGCGGAGGGCGAGGCGAGCCAAGCGGAGCAAGCGUCGUCCCCCGCCACUACAGCGGUACCGUUCCAACAUAGGUUCGGAUUCAAAAUCGUCCCCUGAUACGGGCCCUGAACUGACAACAAACCAAAGCAACAAGUACAGAAAGCGUGUCCGUCUACGAAAUGUGUCACCGGAAGAUGCGUUUAACCCCAAUAAAAAGCCACAACCCCCCUUAGCGGAGGGGAAGGAGCCCCCGCUGUGUGAGGAACUACGGAGCUCCGCCAGUGAGAAAGAGGUGAGGAUAAUAGAGCCUUUGUGCGGCCGGCCGUCGCAGGAGGAUGAUGGUUUCGAGAGUCUCAACGGCAACGGGUCAAGUGACAACAAUGAGGAGGACAAGUCGGGUGAGGGGGAGACACCCGCACCCGAGACACCCGAGUCACCCGAGGCACCCGUAAUGGAAGGGGAAGGUGUGUUGAACAGUAGCCUCUCCCACAAUAGCUCAUUUACCUGCACCAGUAGUGACCACCCAUCAGGCUGCACAGGGGAAGUGGAUGAAACCGACCACAAAGACACGGAUUCUGAACCUUCCCGGCCUCGUUCUGCGAUUUCCUCUCAGAAGCUGCUGAGCAGACGACGAGGAUCGCUACAGACUCUGAGUGUUAAGCUUGCGGAGAGUUCGUACAACUCAAGCGGCGAGAGUGACGGAGAGACAGUGCCCGAUACAGCGACCAGCGCGGCCGAGUGGAUCGGAGUUACAACUAACAGCGAGGAGUGCAGCUACAGCAGUGAACUGGACGAACGAGAGACAACCUCCCUGCACGACGUCAACGACCACCCCUUCGCAUGGGAGUUCCAGAUUUCACCAGCUGCAAUUCUUAGCCCCAGCUGUGCUUCAUCUGAUAAAGUGAGCUGCACUAUGUGGGACAAGAGGGAUGUUAAGAAGGCAGAACUGUCUGUGCUGGAUAUCAGCUCGGCCAUCAUUGCUCGGGUGGAGAGCAUGCCGGAGAACCUCGACUACUUCUACGGAGGACUGAUUGCUUCUCUGUUGCUGGCUGCCAUCCCCAGUCUGUGGAGACUCAGCGCUGGAGUCAGUGAUGGUUCCACAGGAGUUACUCUCAACAUGACUUCACUACUGUCCAGCUUCACACUGUCAGACUCCCUGGACCUCGCCAUGCAUUCUGCGUUCGGAUCUAGUCACAGCGAAAGAAUCAUAACUUCAAUAGCCAUGAUGGAGAAAUUUGCACUCGGAGCAAUUUUCUUCUUCCUCCUCGCCGUUGCAGAGAGGACGUUCAAACAGAGGUUCCUGUAUGCAAAAUUCUUUUCACACCUGACAUCGUUCCGAAGGGCUCGAAAAUCUGAGUUACCUCACUUCAGGCUGAACAAAGUCAGAAACAUAAAAACCUGGCUCUCAGUGAGGUCUUACCUUAAGAAGCGAGGUCCGCAGCGAUCAGUGGACGUGGUCGUCUCAGCGGCUUUCAUCAUCACCCUACUGCUACUCUCCUUCCUCAGUGUGGAGCUACUCAAGUUUGAGUGUAUGCAGGACUCGGAGCAGCUGAGGUCAGUGUACAACGUGGAGGCGCUUGGCUGGUGUCUGGUGAUGGGCGUGUUCCUACUCAGGUUCAUGACCCUGGGGACCAAGAUCAACCGGAAGUAUCGCAAUCUGUCUGUCCUCAUCACGGAACAGAUAAAUUUGUAUCUGCAGAUUGAACAAAAACCAAACAAGAAGGAGGAACUGAUGGUGGCCAACAGUGUUUUAAAGCUGGCUGCUGAUUUGUUGAAGGAACUGGAAAGUCCUUUUAAAAUAUCUGGUUUGUCGGCCAACCCGUACCUCUACACCAUCACCAAAGUAGUCAUUCUCUCCGCUCUAUCAGGAGUGCUCUCAGAAAUGCUCGGCUUCAAACUGAAACUACACAAAAUCAAAAUAAAGUAAAUCACCAUAUGUUUGCAGUCAUUAUAGCUGUUAGCUCGGUCUUUCUUAGUUGUAGUUGAAUCAUUGUGAUCAAUGCUGACUAUGUAUAAUUUAAGUAGUUAUUUUGUGGUAUCUCCUUUGACUAAGGAUAGAACUGGACAUACCGUUCCCAUCUGAAGUUGUAGCCAGUUUUAUAAUUAAUAUGAACAAAGUUGAAAGAAGCCAUUAGAAGUGUGAGCUGAUGGAACAAACACUUUUGGAGGGAAAAUAAUUAUAGACUUUACACUCUGCGAGUGGUUUAUUCAACUAUGUUCCUUUUAAAUAAAAAUAGCAACAGUUGGUCCAUAUAGAUGGGAUGUCCACUUCAGAAUCCAAAGUCAAUAGUAACACAAUAUAUGGAUUCUACAAAUAUCUGUAGGUUAUGAGCGUUGAUUACAUGAUAUUUUAUACAAUAUGUUGAUGUUUAUUUUGUGAUCUUUUUAUUAUAGAUACUUAAUUUUAAUUUAUUUCUGUAGUUUUAAGAGAGGUAAUUAUAGAAGGUUUAGAAAGAGUUACUGGUGCUCAUGAGUUGGUUUCAUCAUGUUUCUUUAUUUUAAGUUAUAUUUUUACCACACACAAGACUAAAACUUUUAUUAUAAUUUUGAAAACUUAUUUACUAUUUAUAAGCCUCUAUCCUCUUUAAGGGUGUUUUAUUAUUUAACCCAACAUAUUUUUCAAUGUUUAAACUUUCAAUUUGAGCAUUAAUAUUUUUAUUUCCCAAAUAUUAACAAUAUUUAAAUUACUGGUAUGAUGUUGAAGAUUAAAUCAUUUUAGCUACAUAAAAAAAAAAAUAUUUUACAUUAAUAGUCUGGGUAUAGAGACUGAUAGAUGGGUGCUGGACGAGUAUUCGAAUACAAAAAUGUAUUUUUUACAUGAUUAAUCUCAUAAAACUAUGCCUUGUAAUAAAUCUUUCUAAUUUAUGUGUAAAUAAUUUUUAAAUAAUAAAUGUUUUAAUUAAAAAGAUGUUUAUUAAUUCAGUACUGUUUUUUGACAUUUAGUAAGCAUGUGUUAAAACUGUUAAAAGUUGAUUGAUUUGAGGUUAUAUAAGAAUACUGCCUUUAUGAUAAACUUGUUGGUUGCUAGGCAUUACGUUUUCUGUAUGUGUGCUUUAUACAAACUAAUGAGACAGUAAUUAAGUGGUGCAAUCUUCAUAGUUCACUCAUUCAAGUCAAGCUACGUUAUAGUAAAGAAUGUAAAGUUAAUGUACGUAAUAAUGUUUAGUUUUAGGUAGGUUUAAUUGAUAUUGAAAGGUUUUACCUGUCAGUUAACACUAAGUUUUUUAUACAGGGUUUCUUUCCACAUUUUGUUUGUCAUAAUUUGUGCCAUUGAUUCAGUAACAUUUUUGAAUUAAGAUGUGAAAUUAUUUAAUCGUUUCAGAUGAGUUAAGAAUACUAAAGGCUAAUGAAGUUUAGGCUUUAAAGCUACACUACAUUGGAUUGGAAGCAUUGGAUUGUGUAUACAGGGUGUCCCGUAAGUAAACAGCCAAACACCGGGAAAUGGUUCUAUGGGUCAAAAUAAAAAGAAAUCAAGAAACACAUUUUUUCAAAAAUCGCUAAACACAUUUUUUCAAAAAUUGCUUUAUUAACCACAUAUCCACCAUUUUGUAUUUUUUACAUAAACAUAUUUAUUUUUGAGUUUUUUCAACCAAUCUUUAUAAAACUUGGUAUGUAGGUUAAGGUAGAAAAGACCUAUUUUAGAAAAGAAAAUUCAUCUUAAUUCAACUUAAAAUUUCAAAAUGGCGACCAUUUUAAUUUUUUUAACUAAAAUUACUCAAAAACGGCUAAUUUUAUGAAAAAAUGUGAAUUACAUUUUUAUUUAGCAUUUUUAAUUCCCUAUCAAACGAUACCAAGUCCAAGAAGAUUGAAUAAGAAAUACCUGAAAUAUUACCAUUUUUAGUUGAAAAAUGGGGUAGAAUACAGAAGCUAGUCAGGUUGCCCCUUUUUACAACUAAAAAUCGUAAUAUUUCAGCUAAUUCUUAUUCGAUCUUGGUAUCGUUUGAUUAAUUAAAUUAGCUAAAUAUAAGUGCUCUUGGCACUUUUUCAUAAAAUCAGCCGUUUUUGAGUAAUUUAAGUUUAAAAAAUUAAAAUGGCCGCCAUUUUGAAAUUUUAAGUUGAAUCAAGAUGAUUUUUUUUUUACAUUGGUCUUUUCUACUUCAACCUAUAUACAAAGUUUUAUAAAGAUUGGUUGAAAAAACUAGAAAAUAAAAAUGUUUAUGUAAAAAAUACAAAAUGGCGGAUAUCUGGUUAACAAAGCGAUUUUGGAAAAACAAUUAUGCUUGAUUUUCUCUUUAUUUUGACCCAUAGAACCAUUUCCCGGAGUUUGGCUGUUUACUUAUGGGACACCCUGUAUAUUACUACAGCCUGCUGAGCAUUUAAUGGAACUAUCUGAACAAAAACAUUAUCACCACACUGUCCACACUACCCAGUAAGCAGCUAGAUUCUGGUUUCAUUGUAGACCAAAAAGUGGUUGUUCACUGAAAGGGAUCAGUAAAAAGAGCUGAAGUAGGUAAAUCGACUGGAGAUUGGUAAAUUUACCUAGCACUCUUAUGGGGAAAAUAAUGGGAGUUUCUUCAGCAGGCUUCCAAUGAAGCUACCCUAUAUUAGAUAGGUUUGGACAGGCACACUGCAAUUCCACAACAAUCACAAAACUAAAACACUUUGUUUCACUAUAUAACAAUUUAAAAAUUAUGUUAAAAUGUUUUAAAUUAGUGCUAGUAGUAGUUUUCUGUUACAGUGUUGUGAUUGUUUGUGUACAAUGAGUUUUACUUAUACAUUUUUUGCUAGUAGUGUGGUGGAAAGUAUCAUGCACGAUUCACUCCAGAAGGUAUUUUACGAUACUUGCAUGAAAUCCCACGUUCGGCAAGCCUUGUACAGAAACUAUUAUGCUUUCGUGUAACAUACUUACUUAUUUAGCUUGUAGCAUGAUAAUUUAUUCAAAAUACAUCAUCCAAAGUAACCCUGUAUAAUAAAAGCACAUUCACAUAUUCUAUAGUAAAAAUCAAAAUAAGAAAAGACAGUACAUUUUAAAUUUAUAAGUUGUGUACCUCUACAUUAGAUAUAGGAGAUAGUUUGAUUAAUUUAUUGUGUUCUAUGCUAGAAACAAUAAUUGCAUGCAAGAAGUACAAUAAAAUGGAAUAGUUUUUACCUUGCUAUUUUAAAUGUAAAAAUUUAGAUCUGAAAAAGGAGUUCGGAUCACCUUAAGGUUGGAUAAUAUAUGUUAAUAUGUUGCAAAUUUGAAAAAUCCUUAAAAUAUAUUCAAGGAACCUUUUACAGUUUUUAGCAUUUAAGACAACUUAUUUGGUUUUUGAUUAGACCUUAAACGUUUUCAAUCUAUUUUAUUCACAACACAAUAAAGGUUUUAAUAUUACUGAAAUAAAAAUUGAUUUAAGUCAACAAGUUAUUAUGAGGGAGAUUGGGAUUUGUAUGUAUUUUAUUGAUCAGUACAAAUAAAGAAUUUACAUUGUUUUUAGCUUGGAAAUAGUUUUAGAACAAUAAUACUGUAUUACAAUUCCCAUUAUUGACUUAACUAGAACCCAACAACAAAAUAUAGAAUUUGUAGUUACAAGUUUGUUGUAAACUGUGGAUUAACUUAAUCCAGAUUUUAUGUUGAUAAAUAAUAUAAAUUAGACUCCUUAAUCAUUUUUUUUGCUAUUAAAAAUUACAUCCAUUCGAACUCUAAAUUUGUAUAUUAUUAAUCGUGGAAACUAGCUCCUUAGCUAUCGGUUUGUGGAUACUAGAUACUUCUACAGUGAAUUAUAGCUAUAUUGAAAUAUUAGUUGACUGUUACUGUUAGUUAAUAGAAUGGAUUUAAAAUAAUAAUCAUAAAUCUUAGAGGUUUACAUUAAAAUCACAAGGAGUAUUUAUAAACUUAAACUCAUGUUUGUUAUCAGUUGUAAAAGUUAUAGCUCUCCAAUUGUGUUAAUACAUCAAAGAUCAUCUGAAUUUUUGUCAUGUGCAAAAAUAUGUUAAAUAUCUUUCAAAUGAACUCUCUCCAAAUUAAUUAAUUAAUUUAGGCCUAUGUUAAAAUCAUGUCAAAUAGUCUGUACUAUCUAUUUUUUUAAUAGUUAAAUUACUGUUACAAGAAGUAACUAAAAUUUAACAGUUUACACAAGUUUUUUUGUUGUUGUUUUGUAUAGAUUAAGUUGUGUGUAUCUUUAGAAAGAACGCAGACUGUUCAAUAAUUCUACCUAGAAAAUUAUAGAUGUCUCAUGCUUGGGUAAAAAUCAAAUAAUUUUUGUAUUUGCUUUUUUAUCCAAACAACUUAAUUUAGAUUUCAUGUUAUGGCUCGUUUAUUUUGACAAACUUAACACGUUUAGAGAAACGGAAUGUUAAAUCUGCUUACAGUUUUUAAUUUUUAUCAGUCUUAUUGUUGUAAUGUCACAUUUUUCAACUUUAAAAUUAAUAUUAAUUAGCAUUCUGCAACUAUAAUACAGCAAACAAUACAAUGUUUGUGUCACUAUGCUGUUAUUCUGUUUGCCAUAUAGAAUUUCUAUUAGUUAAUCAUUUGAAACAGCCAUGUUAAGAAAGUUUGAGAUUUUAUUGCUGUUUGUUUAAGUAGUAGGAAAUGUUUUCUCAGACAAUAUAGUUAUAUACCAUACUAUUUUGUAAUUUUAUGAGUUGUUAUGCAUAAGGAGACUUACGUUUUUAAGUUUAGUCCUAUUUUAUUACCUUAGUACACGGUUUCCCCGUUUUCGUGUUAGUAAAUAAUUUGUUAGUUAGGUAAUUAAUUUCGUUUAUUUAUUUAGUACUUUUGUUGAUUCCGGAAUUAAAUAUUUUUAUAAAUGACAUUAAACAUUGA